AUGAUAUUUCUAAUAUAAUUACUCAUCCAAAUAAUAUUCGCAUUUAGGAAACUCAAUAUUACUCAUCCUCAUAAUACACUUUUUAAAAAUUACAUAAUCUUCAAUCAAAAUAAUAAUAUUGCUUAUUCCUAUCUUCAGACCCCUGAUCAAUUUUCAAUUAUUUCAUAAAACAUGACAGACUUUUGUCUUUAAAAUCAUUCUCUUGCUGUAUGGUAUUAUUCAACUAAACUAAUUUAGGAAUCAAGAUCGGAUCAUUAUAUAUACCCUAUAAGAAAAAUAGAAUGAAACCUCAAUUAAUAUAAAAGAAUCAUUUAGUAUUAUAAAUGAAAAUUUUACCAAUAUAACUGUGACUUCUUUCUACUUUGUGGCUCAAUAUCGAAACUAAUCCUUAUAUGUGAAUAAUAUAUUAAAUCAAACUGCAAAAAUACUAAACAUUACAUAAAUAAAAUAAAAAAAUAAUUCUCAUACUUCCUUUGAAGUAUAUAAAUAUGAUUCUAAUUUAACAUUUACAUAUCUGAAUACAGAUAACCAAUUCCAUAUUAUUGAAUUAAAUGAAAAUAUUUAGCAACUUGAUGAGAAAGUAUGGUUUAGCACUCAAAAUGAUGUAUUUUCAACAUAGUAUUGGAAUAAUGGAACAGCAGUUUUUAUGAAUUCUCAUCACAUUAAUUAUACCGUACCAACUAAAAUUUUAUUUUGGUAUCAUGAAGAUUCAAAAAUUAAGAUAAAAUAUUUAUUUUCAAUUUAAGAUGCUUAUGUAUUUGCUAUUUUUACAAAUAAAGGGAUAUGUUAUCAAUAUUAUAGUAAGAGUCUAUAAAUAAAUUAUCAAAACAUACUUUGUAUGAAAAUUGAAGAUGAACAAUAUCAGAUUGAAGAUGUAAAUUUUAAAUAUAGACUGCAAAUUUUAUUGAAGAACAAUUAAACAAAUGA